GUUCAAGUAGAUAUAUCAAUUGAUUCUAUUUAUUCUUUUUUGCUAACAGAUAAUUGGUUACCAACAGUGCCUUUGUGGGAAAAGAAGUUUUGUGCUUCGAUUGGCUCAGUACCAUGGCGAAAGAUAAUAGAAGUCAAGAAAUAUAUGUGUCUACAUCCCAAUGUGGUAAACUGGGACGAUUCUGCCGUCAAAGAGGCAUUCAACAAUGCAAAAAACAGGUUCUGGGCUGAGAUCAACGACAUUCCCUGCGACAUACCAUCGCCUGAUCCUAACAUUUACAUAGAUGAUAUAGACUGGAACGCAAGCGUCGACACUGAACUUUAUCUGGAUGUGGAAAGAGAAGUAGAGGCCUGCCGCAACAUUGAAGAAAAAGGCGAGGAAGUCGUGAUUCUCAGUAGUUCUCUCUUCUUGGAUCAGUCCUUAUCGGGUCCAGGAUGGGGGGACGAAGAAGACGAAAAGUUAACAAAGCCUUAUGAACCAAAUGAUGUUGCUCGGGGAUGGGAAUCGAACCAACAUGGAAAUAACCAAAAAAACUUUUGGAAACAGUAUGAUGCUCCCAUUGAACAUGCUGCAAAAGAAUAUGGAUGGAAAAAUGGUCAGAAUGAUUCUCAAGGAUGGAAUCAGAGGGAGCAAUAUGGUGGUGACUUUCAUAACAAGUAUCAAGGAAGAAAUAGUGGAAAUUGGGGGACAUGGGAUGGAUAUAACAGAAGGAGAGAAAACAACAUAUCAUGGUCUACGAACCCUGGAUAUGAUCAUGGAACUAAUGAGUAUCAGAUGAAUAGUGGAAGAAGAAGAAGAAAUGGAGGAAGAGGAGGAGGGAGAGGAUGGAGGGGAAAUUAUCCUUAUGUCGACAAGGUAGCUACUCCUUGUGCAUGGUGAAUGAAUAUCAAAUGCCUUGGACUACAAGAAAGCUAGGACACGUAUGAAGCUUAGGAUAUAAGUUAUGUUAUCUAGGUAUUAUUAUAUAUGUGAUGUUAUAUUAGAUACCUUUGUGGUGAUCGAUGAUACAAUGUAUAUAUUAGUUAUGCUAUUAUUGAAAUAUGAAUAUGCAACUACAAUUAAAUGA